AUGAUCAUUACGCAACUCCUGCUGCAAGCCAGCAUAUUCAAGUUACUUUUCAAUGUGACAGCACUGACGUGUCCCGUCAGAAUCAUUUCCUCGACUUUUUCCACGAAUAGUGAAACUUCUACAUUAAAAGUGUGCCCUAUUGUUGUCUCGGAUUGUGGCAUGAGGGGGUGUGCUACUCGCAGCUGGUCUUCUUUGCGCCGGCACCGUAGGGGAGGCGGGUUACCAAGUCUCUGCUUCUAUUUGUGGCCGACGGCUCACGGCUUAGAUUUUCGACCAAUGAGCUCUACAGUGCAGGAGACCCGGCAAGCCCCAGAACAACAACUUCAAGAUGUGGGGGAAGACCUUCAGACAGGGCCUCUCAAGCUCGAACACUUGCUAGCCAAGGGGCUGACUAGGAAGGACUUGGACUUGCUAAAAGAAGGGGGUUUGCACACCGUAGAAUGCGUGGCCUUCGCUCCACUGAAGACGCUGCUGGCGAUAAAAGGGAUUAGCGAACAGAAGGCAGCCAAGCUGAAGCAAGCCAGCAAAGAGUUGUGCAGCUUGGGUUUCUGCUCGGCGCAAGAAUACCUUGAGGCACGAGCAAACCUAAUUAAAUUUACAACAGGAAGUGUACAGCUCGAUGCGCUCCUUAAGGGGGGCAUCGAGACAGGCAAUUUGACAGAACUCUUCGGAGAAUUUAGAACUGGCAAAACCCAACUAUGCCAUACGCUUGCGGUGUCCUGUCAGUUGCCAGUUGAGCAAAGCGGGGGUGAAGGAAAGUGUUUGUGGAUUGACACAGAAGGCACUUUCAGACCCGAACGCAUCGUCUCAAUCGCUAAGAGAUUCGGCUUAGAUCCGGGCGACUGUCUGGACAACAUAGCCUACGCCAGAGCCUACAACUGUGAUCACCAGCUGGAGUUGUUGACACAAGCAGGAGCGAUGAUGGCGGAGUCUCGCUUUGCGUUGUUGAUUGUUGACAGUGCCACAGGUCUAUACCGCUCCGAGUUCGCCGGACGAGGGGAGCUGGCGAGCAGGCAAAUGCAUCUAUGCCGUUUCUUGCGUUGCUUGCAGCGCAUUGCAGAUACUUACGGAGUAGCGGUUGUUGUAAGCAACCAGGUUGUCGCCAAGGUGGACAACGGCCCUUCCCUCUUUAACAGCAACGAGAAACUUCCAAUAGGGGGUAAUAUAAUGGCGCAUGCAAGCCAGACGAGGCUCUAUCUGCGCAAAGGAAAGGGGGAAAGCCGCAUUUGCAAAAUCUAUGAUAGCCCCAGCCUCCCUGAAGGUGAAGCUGUCUUUGCUAUCGGUGAGGGAGGCAUUGGGGACUAUGAAGACAGCUGA